AUGGCACUGUCUGACGAUUUCGUGGAACAGUCAUGCGGAGGAAGCAGGUCAUCACUAUUCCCAUAUUUCCCAAUACGCAGUCUAUUUUGUGCCUCUAUAGGCGGCAACAUUGGUAAGUCUGAUGAGGAAGUGGAAUUUGGUUCGCUUAAAUAUUUUCUUUUAUGUGGUGUGGGUGGAGUGAUCUCAUGUGGUACCACACAUACGUCUAUUGUUCCACUUGAUCUUGUCAAAUGUCGAAUACAGGUGAAUCCGGAAAAGUACAAAGGAAUUAUACAAGGCUUUCGAACUACAGUAAGAGAAGAAGGCUUUCGUGCUUUGGGGAAAGGAUGGGCGCCAACAUUAGUUGGAUAUUCGCUCCAAGGACUUGGAAAAUUUGGUUUUUACGAGAUGUUUAAAAUUUUCUAUAGUGACGUGCUGGGUGAGGAAUUAUCUUAUCAGUGGCGUACAAGUUUGUAUUUGGCUGCUUCUGCGUCUGCAGAAUUUUUCGCUGACAUUUUACUGGCACCAAUGGAGGCUACGAAGGUUCGCGUUCAGACGUCUCCAGGUGCUCCACCAACACUUCGUGGUUGUGCACCAAUGAUAUAUAGAAAUGAAGGAAUGACAGGCUUUUACAAAGGUCUACCACCACUUUGGAUGCGUCAGAUACCUUACACCAUGAUGAAAUUUGCGUGUUUUGAACGUACAUUGGAAGCAUUAUAUAGGUAUGUGGUACCAAAACCACGUUCUGAAUGCACAAAGCAAGAACAAUUAGUAAUUACGUUCGUCGCUGGAUAUAUUGCCGGUGUGUUCUGUGCUAUCGUUUCUCAUCCGGCGGAUACAAUCGUUAGUAAACUCAACCAAGAUACGGGCUCCUCCGCGAGUGCAAUCGCUAGAAAAUUGGGUUUUAUGGGUCUCUGGAAAGGACUUUUUCCUCGUAUUAUAAUGAUAGGUACGCUUACGGCAUUGCAAUGGUUUAUUUAUGAUUCUGUGAAAGUGUAUUUUAAAUUGCCUCGUCCACCACCGCCAGAAAUGCCGCUCUCUUUACGUAAAAAGCUGGAAGCAGCCGGGAAAUCGUAA